AUGGCACCCUCAGACUCAGACUCCUCAUCAUUAUCGUCGGCACCGCCGACCGACGACGAAACAGCCAUGGAGGUUGACAAGCCUUUAGGCAUCGCGAAGUAUUUCAAGAAGGAGUCGUCGACUCCGCCACCCAAACGAGAGCCGUCACCACCGCAUGAAUACGUUAUUGCGGACAACCCAAGUAUUCCUUUCAUCGUGAUGUUCCGCGCGCGGUUUGAUGAAGCCUUCCCCAAGUCACUCCCACAUUACGGCCCUCAAGAUAUCGAACGAGGAGCUGUAGACAACCCACCCGGAGACUAUAUUGAGCGACUGCUUUGCGCAUUGCUGGGCCUUGUUUUGAACCGCAAGAAGGAUGUUGAGCGAAACCACUAUACACGGCCGCUGGAGGAGGCUAUUCAGACACAUCAGUCACAGUGGCCCAAGCUAUGGGCAGGCAAGAGUCCCCUCUCGGGGGGUCGCAGCUUUGCGACGAUGGAGCCGGAAGAACGUAUCGAGCUUCUGAGAUCCUUGGCUCUUUGGUCCCUCUCGUCAUCCGAUGCGAUCCAAGCCAAACUGAAGGAAUCCUAUAAGCAAGCCCGCCAUGAUGAUGACCUCAACCAGCCUUUGUCCGUUCAACCAUGGGGUCGCGAUAGCUUGAAGCGCCGAUACUGGCUGAUUGAAGGCAUGGAUGAUACCCACUUUCGUCUAUACCGGGAAAGUAACCCCGCCCUCAAAAACGUUAGUUGGUGGAGUGUUGCUGGAGACAUCCCAGAGUUGCAGUUUAUUGCCAAUCGACUGCAAGAAGAGAAAGGCACAAAUUCCAAGAAGCUCUGCGAGAAGAUCCGGAAUGCGAUUCCCCGCUUCGAGAAUUCAGAAGAUAAACGCAAGCGUCGCGACUACCGUCUUGCGCGCAAAGCUGCAUUCGCCCGCCCGGAGCCCGGAUUCUCUUUGUACGAAGGUCGGACCCGCGGGAAGAAGACAAAGUAUACAUACUCCGACGACGAAGAUUUUCUCUCGGACGAGGGCCCCUCUAGGCGUUCCGCUCGCAAUACUUCUACUACCGUGACGCCGGCUGAACCGUCUCGACCUCGUUAUACCGCCAGUGGACGGCAGAUCCGGUCCCGUGCCGGAGGGCUUUAUGGAGAGGCUUUGCUGACUGGCCAACGCGAAGAUUCCGAGGACGAGGACGAAGACAAUACGAGGCCGCAACGAGCUCGCACAUCUACCUAUCCUAAUGGCUACUCUGGUUAUGCGGCGGGCGACAUAGAAGAUGAAUCGGACGGCGCAUCGAAUGAAAAUGAGAGUGGAAAUGAUUGGAAGGACGGGGACGACGAUGAAAACGCCAUGGAGGGAGACGAUGAAGGAGAACAUAUGAGUGGCGAUGAAUCAAUUGUGAAUGGAGAACCGCAUAGCCUUGUUGUCCAGCUUCGGUAUGGCAAAGGCAAAGUGCCGUCUAGUCCUAUUCCAGUCGAUGAGCCUCCUCCUGACCGACGCGCUUCCCAGAAUGAAAUGAUUAAAGUCGAAGUACGGACAGCUUCAUCGGCUUCCGUAUCACAACCCCGCCCAAGCUACGCUCCAGAGUCCAUGUUGAACCCGUCGGAACCAGCACAGCCAGCACAGUCAACCGAGACGCCCUCAUCCGUUCCCCUUGCACCCCUACCUCAACAGGCAGCUUUGGCAGCAUCCACUAUGCCGGUAUCGACCGGACCCCUGGCUCCAAAUGCUCCAGCUCUUGCCCCGGCCGACCAGCCCAAUAUCAACAAUCUAACCGAGUCAAAUGGCUCGAUUCGUCCCAAUUUUGGUACGGAGGGCCAAUCUGGAGACGCGUUGCCCCAAACAUAA